CUUGUAUCUUGAAGCGGCGCACGCACCAUGGACACGGGCGAUAGCGAGUUUAGCAUCGACGACGUCCUGCCCAUCUCCAAGAACGCGAUCGAGGCGACGCUCAAGGACACCGUGUACAACCGCAAGAAGGUCAACGACUGGACCAACUCGCUCGUGGCGCUUGUGCUCAAUGGCCUCCAGAACCUCAACAAGCCGUUCAAAUACGCGGUCACGUGCCUCAUCAUGCAAAAGACGGGCGCCGGCGUCGCGACCGCCGCCGCUUGCUACUGGGACACGGUUCUCGACGGCUACUGCACGGUGCUGUGGGAAAACAGCACCAUCCAAUGCGUCGUAACCGUGUACGGCGCUGGCAUUUCGCCGUCCGUGAGCAAGCACGGCGAGCACUAGGUAGUUGCGAUCGCUCUGUAGAUACAUUGACCACACAACCGCAUGGUACGCGUCGCCAACACAGUUGUAAAAACCAAAAAAAACAAAAAACAAAAAAAACAAAAAAAACAAAAAAUGGUUUUUCCCGGUAUUGAAGUCAUGGAUACCCUGUUGGGCUCAUGUGAGCUUGGCCAACAGACCGA